AUGUACGUGAGUUACCUCCUGGACAAGGACGUGAGCAUGUACCCCAGCUCCGUGCGCCACUCUGGCGGUCUCAACCUGGCACCGCAGAACUUCGUCAGCCCCCCGCAGUACCCGGACUACGGUGGUUACCACGUGGCGGCGGCGGCGGCGGCGGCAGCCAACUUGGACAGCGCUCAGUCCCCGGGGCCAUCCUGGCCGGCUGCGUACGGCGCCCCGCUCCGUGAGGACUGGAACGGCUACGCGCCCGGGGGCGCCGCGGCUGCAGCCAACGCGGUGGCCCACGGUCUCAAUGGGGGCUCCCCAGCCGCAGCCAUGGGCUACAGCAGCCCUGCCGAUUACCAUCCGCAUCACCAUCCGCACCAUCACCCGCACCAUCCGGCUGCCGCGCCUUCCUGCGCCUCGGGAUUGCUGCAGUCGCUCAAUCCCGGCCCUCCCGGGCCCGCCGCCCCAGCUGCCGCGGAGCAACUGUCCCCCAGCGGCCAGCGGCGGAACCUUUGCGAGUGGAUGCGGAAGCCGGCGCAGCCGUCCCUCGGGAGCCAAGUGAAAACCAGGACGAAAGAUAAAUACCGAGUCGUGUACACAGACCACCAGCGGCUGGAGCUGGAGAAGGAGUUUCACUAUAGUCGCUACAUCACCAUCCGGAGGAAGGCUGAGCUGGCUGCCACGCUGGGACUCUCUGAGAGGCAGGUUAAAAUUUGGUUCCAGAACCGCCGAGCCAAGGAAAGGAAAAUCAAUAAAAAGAAAUUACAGCAGCAGCAGCCACCCCCACCCCCUCCACCACAGCCUCCCCAGCCGCAGCCCGGGCCUCUGAGAAGCAUCCAGGAGCCUUUGAGUCCCGUGUCUUCUCUUCAAGGCCCAGUGUCUGGCCCUGUCCCUGGGGUUCUGGGGCCAUCUGGGGGUGUGUUAAACCCCACUGUCACCCAGUGA